AUGCGACAGGGGUCUUCCAAGACUUCGCAACUACGGCGUAAGAGAGGUGACAAGAUGGCGCCGAUUGAGCAGACAUCGAGCACCGACUCAAUCUCAACUCGACCGCGACUGCAAGCCAUCAAUCAGGACUUCUCGGACUUGGACGAGCAGAUUCACCAAGCUGCUCGUAUAAUAGGCCUUCCGGGAGACUGGAAUACCAUAAAAGACCAAGAUGCCCGUGCUGGGGUUAUAAGGCACAUUGUCCGAGCUAGAGCAGAAUGGGUUUUGCGCUGGGUACUCGAUAAGCUCAAGGAGGAGACGGAUGCAGGGCGCAAGGCACGAGCGCAUCCAGAGACAUGGCAGCUUCUCGAUUGGAUGAUACAUGUUCUGCCUGUCUCGCGCAGUGCCCCACAUUUGCGCGAUGCCAGUCUGCCAACCAUCCUCGAGAGGGCUCUAUUCGAGCGCCUCGACAGCAGUUCGAACACUCAAUCCGAAGACGUACAUAUGGAAGACGCAUCAGACUCAAGCAGCGACCCGGCCCGGAUUGGUUUCAAGCAAUCGCGUAAACGAAAACGAGGAGCAAAUGGCACUACUUCGAUCCCGUCAGUCAGCCAAGAGACUGACCUCAACACUCUGUUCCCUGCUAUAAGAGCUGUCGCAGCCACAAUCAUCUCUCUAGCUUCGAGAAACGACAAGGCCCAGGACAUUACUCAAGCAGAGCUUAUGAAAAUGGUACUUAGGACAGAAUCUGCACAAGCUGCCAGGAUCCUCAGAUUUUGGUUGGAAAGCGUUACUCAACUUCUAUCAGCCAAGUCGCUCAACUCAUCCGAUGUCGACGACACUCUGGACUUGUCCUUGAUAGUUGAAGUGUGGGAUGUUCGGAUUAUAGACUCGAAAGACGAAGUAGGAGUAUCUGCAGACGAGUUUAGCACCGAGUGUCUUAUACCUACCCUUACCCUGCUCGAGACCCUGGGCAGCCUCCGUGGGCAAACUUCGCCGCAGAUCUCUCCUACCACCAUUGAUCGCGCCACGCAAAAACUUGACCGGUUACUGGCAAAGCACAUACUGGCGCCAUCAAGGGCCGCGUUCUUCGCGGACGUUACUGAAGACCCUGCGAAGCCUGCUUCAGAACGCGAACCGAAAGCACUUUUAAGUCAUCUCGAACCUCUCCGCGCAAAGCUUUUACAGGCUGCACAGAUCGAAGAUGCUGGCGAAUCAUUACCGGCGGAACUUGCAGUGCUCUUCCAUUCUCUUUCGACCUUGUUAGAUUUGGCCAUACGUGCGUCUCCCUCCAGAUCACCAAAAGGCAGGCUUGCAGAGAAGCCUUGGAUCCAAGCGACAUUUUCGGCACUUGCUGCAUGUGCCAGAUGCUCUCUAGACACUCCACCAGAAUUCGUCAUGCGCGAGUCUGCGGUCGGAGCAUUGGAUGGUGCACUUCAGGUCUUGCAUGCGCACAAUGUCAGCAUCAACCCCAAGCUCGUGGAGAUUAUCUUUUGGUACUAUGGUGGUGUCAAAUACCCAGAACGUCAAGAAAAAAAGAUACAUUGGCCACUAAUCGCGUCAUUGAUCAAGCUCGAUGCCUCGGUUUUCGUAGCAGAACCCAAGACUAGCAUCAAGAUUUCGCCGGAUAAGAAUCACGCUGACCUUGCCGAGUUCAUCUUCGAGCGUAUCUCGGUCGAGGAGAUUAAGCAUCCUAACUUCACUCCUAGUUCACUCCGAGCCCAGAUCAAAUCACAUCAAGAUGAGGAACCGAAAUUUGCCGGAAAAGCUUUGAUUAUAGAGCAAAUCAUCACUCCCUUGAUGUCAGCUUUCGUACGGAACCGAAAUCUGCUUGGGUUUAUGCGCAGGUGGGAUCAACAAUUGGUGAGGGUUCACCGGCACGAGACCCAGAAGAUUCUCAAAAAGCGUCAGGAACAUAUUUGGGAAGAUCGAGCCCUGAGUAAGGCUUUAGGGGAGAUUUUCGAACAGUCUUUGACACAGGGUCAAAUAUCCACUCUGGUUGAAGAGCAUGCACAACGAGUCGCUAAGCUAGGCGAGACCAUUGCAAAUGGAAAAAAUGAGGAUGUCGACGUCAAGAAACUCGCUGGCUACAGAUACGCUGCUAGCAGCGCAGUUAUAGUACCCACUAUCCUAGAAGCAGUCCGGACUGACGAAACUAUUAUGGCCCUGCGACCACAUCUGGAUAGUCUAUUCCGCUCCUUCACGACAUGGGUGCAAGAUGACAGAUUCAGCCUACAUUCGCAAGUGUCCCACUCUUGGUUCACGUUGAGCCAGCUCCUAGCUAAAUUAUGGCCUAUCGAGCUACACACGUCUCCGAACCUACAAGCGGAGUUGCUCGAACCCCUUAUUCCAAGCGCGCUUGAUGACAUCUCUGGAACCCGUUCUGGGAGUUCUAAGAGGCGUAUCGACUCUUCUGCGCAGGCUGCAGCCAUGUUGUUCCUACUCAACGUCUGUACAUACAUGCAGAAAGUACCGGACUUCGAUGCCGUCAUCCAAGCGACGUUGAGCAGGAUUACAACUACCCUAUCCGGCAAGCAACUGGAUGCACCAGAACAUGCUAAGGCCAUUGAGUUCUUUUGCACUUAUUUCAUCGGACUGUUCGGAUACCUUGAUGCAUCGGAAUGCGUGGAAUUACUGCAGUCAGUACUUUCAAUGCUGGCAAAGGUCGAUGACAGGGUUCAAAGCAAUUUGCUCAACUCCUUGUCUCAUUCCAUCAUUAAUGAAGGCAACGCUUCUCUGAAGAAAGCGUAUUACUCUACACUCGCAAAUUCGCUUUCGAAGAGCGAUGGCAAACAACAAGAACUAGCUGUCAAAGCCAUGUCGUACAUCCACCCAGCGGCGUUCUCGCGUGAACAACGAGAGGCGAUCUUGAAUCAAGUCAUCGACUUGAUCUGUAACAACUCAAGCACCUCGACAGGGUUCAUGAGUAUCGCAACGCAUCUCAUGGAAACUCCAAAUGCGACGGCCAAAAUUUCUACCGACAGUAGUGUCAUUUUUGAGGUCGCAGAGAGACUCCAUCAGCAUGGAAACGAGUCACCUGCGAGCUUGCAACUACUCAGGCAAUUAGUCGAGUCAAUUCUGGUUCACAUGAUUCCAAAUGAGAAGCAGUCUCAGAACAAAACUUUUCUCAAGGGUUUUGCUGAGAAGGUCGAUCAGAUUGCUACGGCUUCAAAGAAGUGCUCUGCUGCGAGGCUGUCUAUCCUUCGAGCUACGAUACAUGCACAGAAGCAAAGCAAGCUCCUAGACCCACUGCAGUAUGUCGAAUUAUUAAAGCAUUGUCUUACCGAUGGCGAUGGUGAUGAAACUGCUUCACUUCAGGAGAUACUAGACGCCUUCAACGACCUCCCUUCUGCCACUCUACAGGCACUCAACAUCUACGACACUACCCGAGCGUGGCUACGCAUCUGGGUCAAUGACAACAGCGAUUUGGACUCUUACAUUGCCUCUUCUGGCGAGAGCUCUACCGAGUUGGCCAAGUACGUGGCACGAUUACACACGACCGUUGCAAGGUUCAGAUUGUACCCCAAAGUAACCUGGUUCAUGAGCUUGACGUUAAGAAUCCUCCGCGAACCACUGACCGACGGCGUCAAAGCCAGCACCUACGACGCUGUAAAGGACGCUCUUACAUCUCUCCCGUUGGCAGAGAAGCUCGAUCUGAUCCCCAGCCUUACCCAUGCCACCGACCCCCUCGACCGCGCAUCCUCCCAUCGCAUAUUCAGCAUCCUCAUCACUACCCUCCCCGACAAGCUCGACCCGAACCCCGACCUCAAGCAACAGCAACUCGCCCUCCUCCCACGCAUCAGCAUCCUCCUUGCCCAAACCUCAGACAACCCCUCUUUCAACGCCCUCCUCAACAGCAUCAACACCAUCCUCACCGACAAGCCCGCCCUCGCCUCCCAACACAGCAUCGAAUCCGUCCUCGCCGUCCUCGUCAAACUCACCUCCCGAAGCAGUCCCCCGCUCCCCACCUCCCACGCCCCAGAAAUAUACUCCCGCCUAUGCGAAACAACACGCUUGAUCCUCUUGCUACACCGCGGCCGUAUCGGAGGCCGUUUCCACAUCCUCCUCCCCUUGCUACAGGGUCUUUUAUUCUGCCUCUUCAUACCAAACACACCCCGCACCGGCGCCCUACCCUACUGGCUACGCUCCCUACCUCCCCGCUCCAACCCUUCCUCAACACACCACCCAAUAAAUCACCCCCCCACCCACCUCACCCCUCAAAACGCAACACACUUCUCCCGCCUCCUCUCCACCCUCGUUAACCCCCCACAGUCGUCCAUUUCAAAAUCAAACACCCAGACUUCCUCCCUCACCGAUCCCCUCAAAAUCGCCCGCGAUCGCACCGCCGCGUUCCUAUACCCUUUGCUCACGGCUUAUUGUCGCUUUCAGCUCAGUGGGAGAUUGGAGGCCUCGGUGCGGGAGAAGUUGGCGCCGGGGUGGGCAGAGGUGUUGGGGACGGCGGCGCUGCGGAGGGAGGGGCUUGCGGCUAUGUUUGCCGGGUUGGGGCGGAGUGAGAGGGAUGUUUGGAGGGGGGUGUGGGGGGAGUGGGAGGCGGGGAGGGGGAGGGGGAUUGGUGUCUAG